CAGUCCGUCUCUGGCUCUCUGUGGUUCUGAGUGCACGAGAACUUGGACUUUUAUAUCAAGGCUAAAUUUAGGGGGCUGAUCGCUGCGCCGCGUCCUCAUCUUGGACGCGCUUCCUUCCCUCGGCUCCGCGUUGGUCUGGUUUGUGCAGCAAGUGAGAUUUAUCAGACAAGCAACUUCUCCUCACGCACAGCUGCACAUGAGCGAGGAGCAGCACGCGCGCUCUAUCGCUUCUGGAAACUCAGCUAGCGGACUUUGGUGUCUUUUUUUUAAACGAGGCACUUCUUCCAAUAUUAGUUUUCAAAACAACGCGUGGAAAUGGCAGCGACUGGGACUAUUUUACCCUCAAUAUCAACAUUUGCCAACCAGAAAGAGAAAAAUUGGGAGGAUGGGUGGAAGGGCGACAUGAGCAGCGCUGUGCCCGACGACUGUCUGGGCAAAAAGGACGAAGAGGACUUGGAUAGGUUUCUGGACCUGGAGUUUAUUCUCGCCAACACCGCCGGGACGGUAUAUCCCCACCAGCAGCAGGACGCGGCCAGUUACACAUCUGUCCAAGACGUGAACUGUCCUCCUCCGCCGUACAACAGUCUGACGGCGGAGCUGCUUCGCUCCGAUGUGGAUUCCAGCUUCCUUCCCGGGAACAGCACUGGCUUUCGGGGCAGAUUUCUGCUUAGCGCAACUCAGGAUUUAUUCCCACAACAUCCGAGUAUUAAAUUGGAGCCCGCAUUCAUGGACACAUAUGGACCCGUCUUGGAUCUGGUGCCUCAGAGCUGCACCAGAAUCAAACGCGAAGGGAACGUGUCCUGCAUGAUGUCAUAUGAGCAGCAGCCGCGCACUCACUCUCCGCGGGCCGCGGUCGCCAGCAUGACGCCGCCGCUCAGCCCGACCGACCUAGUGAGCUGUGACUGUCACCCCUCCCAGAUGUGCAGCUUCCACCGCAGCGCGCCCGGUGCGUUCAACCACGCCCACAGCGGAAUGCAGCUCCCCUUCGCUGGGGCGAACCAGCAGCAUUUCCCCGCUCUGUUCGGAGAGGACGCGGCCGUGAUGCAGCAGCAGCCAGUCGCUCCGCUGCUCCCGCUCACCCCGCCGUCCUCUCCGCUAGAAAUCAUCGACACGAAACCAAAGAGGGGUCGCCGGACCUGGCCGAGGAAAAGGUCCGCAAUGCACACCUGCACGUUCACCGGAUGUGGAAAGACCUACACGAAAAGCUCCCACCUGAAGGCGCACCUGAGGACGCACACAGGAGAAAAACCAUACCAUUGCAGCUGGGAAGGCUGCGGAUGGAAGUUCGCUCGUUCCGACGAGCUCACGCGCCAUUUCCGGAAGCAUACCGGGCACCGGCCCUUCCAGUGUCACCUGUGCGAGCGCGCGUUCUCCAGGUCCGACCAUCUGGCGCUCCACAUGAAGAGGCAUAUGUGAAAUCCAUCUAGAGAGCAGACAAUGGACGUACGCACCGCAUCCAGCCUGUAUCGUGAUGUAACGCUCUGCAAAUGAGAGGAACCAGGACCCAGGUCCACUGUAAGACUGGACUCCAGAACACGUAGCAUUAGUAUCAGGAACGGGACAACCCACUUUAACUCCGUGUUGUGGAGUUUAAGGACACAUACUUGAGUAAAUGGAGCCUAAUGAAUUGACCAUGUUGCUAUAAUGUAACACAGACAGAUGUCAUUAGUAGUAUGACAGAAGAUGUCUCCAUAUGAUAUUUUGUAAUGUAAGGAGCUUUUAAAUAACUGAGAACACAACAAGCAAAUAUAAGGCCACAGGCCAAAUU